CUGUAAAAGAAGAUAAAUUAUUAAAAAUUGAAGCAGAACUAAUCUCUAGCAAAGAAAAAAAUAUAAAUCGACUAGAUCAAAUAUACAAGUGGAUAAUAAAUGCAAAAAGCUAUACUUUAGAAAAUUCUCAAGUUCAAAAUGCGAUCAAAUCUUCUGUAGCUCAACUUCAAAAUGUGUUCGAAUCUUCUGUAGCUGAAGAAUUCAAUCUCAUAAUGAAAAAAGAGCAAAAUAAAUGGGAAGAAAAAGAAAAUAAAAUAAAAAUUGAUAAUGAAAAUUUAAGAUUGAUGAGAGUGUCAGCAAUUGGAAACAAAAAAA